UAAUGGGUCUAGCUUCAUGCAGUUUAUGACUUUAUUCCCUUUCAAUCUUUAGGUUUUCCAAAGAGUUCUCAAAGCGUAUGCUACAAAGCUCUUUGCUAGACUCCCAAAGGGGGGAACUGGAAUUGUUGCAGCAGCCACAGGCAUGGAUGGACAAAUAAAGACAUCUGAUAGGGACGAAAGAGUGAUUUGUUACAUUGUAAAUUCAGCAGAAUAUUGCCACAAAACGGCUGGUGAACUGGCUGAAAGCGUGUCUAAAAUAAUUGACCCUCAAUAUGCAGAAGGGGUGGAUAUGUCUGAAGUGCAGGAUGAGUUCUCAGCCGUUAUAACAAAAUCAUUGGUGACCUUGGUGCAUGGUCUGGAAACUAAAUUUGACAUUGAAAUGGCUGCAAUGACCCGAGUGCCUUGGGGUACCCUUGAGAGUGUUGGUGAUCAAUCAGAGUAUGUUAAUGCUAUAAAUUCGAUCUUAACCACUAGCAUUCCUGCACUUGGAAGUCUUCUUUCACCCAUCUACUUUCAGUUCUUCCUGGACAAGCUUGCAUCAUCUCUUGGUCCACGCUUUUAUUCUAACAUUUUCAAGUGCAAACAAAUAUCAGAAACUGGAGCUCAACAGAUGCUAUUGGAUACCCAAGCUGUUAAGACGAUUCUUCUUGAAGUUCCUUCCCUUGGUAGACAGACAUCAGGUGCUGCUAGUUAUUCCAAGUUUGUGAGCCGCGAGAUGAGCAAAGCUGAGGCCCUUUUGAAGGUUAUACUUUCUCCAGUUGAUUCUGUAGCAGAUACUUAUCGUGCAUUGCUACCUGAGGGUACACCCAUGGAAUUCCAACGCAUCCUGGAGCUUAAGGGUCUGAAAAAAGCUGAUCAACAAAGCAUUCUUGAUGACUUCAACAAACUUGGGCCUGGAAUUAAGCAAACUCAGGUUGCACCUACAAUUGUUCCAGCUGCUCCUCCAGUAGCUCCUGUAGUACCUAGCCCCUCUGCGGUUGGACUCAUAGCAUCGAGAGAGGAUGUUCUAACUAGAGCUGCUGCACUUGGACGAGGAGCUGCCACCACUGGGUUCAAGCGGUUCCUAGCUCUAACAGAAGCUGCCAAAGACCGGAAAGAUGGUCCUUUCAGAAAGCUCUUUAAUCCAUGAUCAAGAGAGUGCUACAACCCCAAUUUUUUGGCCGGUACCCUAAGCCUUUAGUGUUUUUUUUCUUCUCUUUCAUUCUUUAUGUAAGUUUAAUAUCAUGUUCAUCUCAUUUCACUUGAACAACUGAAAGCUGAUAAUAAAGAGAUCUGUCUACAAAUUUGUAUCA